UUUUGUCCCGUCAAAGUGUUUACAUUUUUCUCGAUGUUUUGACCACCGUUUUCCGCACUUUUCUCCCUGAUCGAGAGUACAAACACACUCAGAAAAUGCAGAGAACGGAGCCCCGAAUAAUGGUAUUCAUGCCGACGUGGGAGGAGUUUAAGGAUUUCCCCGGAUAUAUUGAAUAUAUGGAGUCAAAAGGAGCCCACAAUGCAGGCUUGGCAAAGAUUAUUCCGCCACCCGAGUGGGUGCCCAGGAAGGCGGGCUACAACCUGGAUGACAUCAAUCUCACAAUUCCCGCGCCAAUCUCGCAGGAAGUGAAGGGCAUGCAGGGACUCUAUCAGCAGUUCAAUUUGCAGAGGCGCUCCAUGACGGUGAAGCAGUUCUACGAAUUGGCCAUGUCGGAGCGCUACAUUACACCCAAGUACUUUGACUAUGCUGACCUGGAGAGAAAGUACUGGAAGAAUGUCACAUACAUUGCGCCCAUUUACGGAGCAGACGUUUCCGGAUCACUCACAGAUCCGGACGUGAAGGAGUGGAAUAUUAACAGUUUGGGCACUAUUCUGGAUUACGUGAACAAGGACUAUGGGAUCUCAAUUUCGGGCGUAAACACAGCCUAUCUGUACUUUGGAAUGUGGAAGACUUCCUUUGCCUGGCACACUGAGGACAUGGACCUCUAUUCCAUCAAUUACUUGCACUUCGGCGCACCCAAGACUUGGUAUGCCAUCCCGCCAAAAUACGGCCGAAGGCUGGAGAAGCUGGCCAACUCCACAUUUGCCGACAAUUACAAAGCAUGCCCGGCUUUCCUUCGUCACAAGAUGACGCUUAUCAGUCCUCAGAUUUUGCGUCAGAAUAAGAUUCCCUUCAACAAGAUCACACAGGAGCCAGGGGAAAUCAUGGUCACGUUCCCGUUUGGAUAUCACGCGGGUUUCAACCACGGCUUCAACUGUGCCGAAUCCACGAAUUUCGCCUCGCCGCGAUGGGUGGAAUACGGGAAGAGAGCAAGUCAGUGCCACUGUCGCAGUGACAUGGUCAAGAUCUCCAUGGACACGUUCGUAAGGCGUUUUCAGCCUGAACGCUAUGAGAAGUGGCUCCUAGGCAUGGACAUUGGCAGUCAUCCUGAAGAGCCGGACAAGGUUAGCGCUGCCCCACCGCCUAGUUUCUCCUAUAACAGACUAGAAGAGACGCAGACAGAGGCUGAGGAAGAGGGGAAGCCUGAGCAGAAGGAGGAGGUGAAUGAUCCAGAUCCAGAAGAGAGCGAGGAGGCAAAGAGAGAAAAGGAAUUGAAGAGAUGCUGGGAGAAGUUAGGCAAAUCCGGGCAGGCGAUUAAUCUUCUGCCAAACGGCGUACGGGAGAACAGCAAGAAGAUGCGUUUCCACACGAAACUCAUCGUGCUUGAGUGAAAAGAUGUCCAAGUUUUGAUGUCAAUUCUCUGCGAGAAUUGCCAGGAUUUCGGUGGUGAGGACAUCACUGUUUUUGAGUGAGCGCAGGACGAAGGAAGAGGAGUAGCGGCAAUUUUAUCAACAAGACUGAGAGAGGGUCUUUCACUCACCACGCGAGAGUAUUUCUUUGUAAAUUAUUUUGCAGUUUUGUGCUUAUUUUUAAACUUUAAAACUGAAUAAAUUACGUUUAGCACCAGAAAA